AGCGUGCAGCUCAAACGGGGAGAUGCACAUGGUUUCACAUGCUCAGUGAUCGGAGAAGUGGGAUGGGCAAUGACGGUGACGGUAGGCAAACGGCUCAGCGUACAAAUUGUGCCCGGCGAGCCGUCAGAGUCAGACGAGCACGAGGAGAAGGAGCAGGCACUUCCCAUUCCUCGCUCAAGAGGCGGGAGUGCUACCCCUAGCCCCCGCUCCAAGAAGGGUGGUGAUUCAACACGCGACCAAGCAGACCUUAGCACCCUGAUCUCCCGGAAGUCAAUUCAGAAGUCCACCUUCCACAGGUUCUCCAUCUUUGCAUCCGUUUUCGACCUACGGGCGGCUGUGCCAGCGGAUGAGGUACCCCGGCUACUAGAUCGCCAUGGGACCCACUACAUUGUGCAAAGUGCCGAGCCCGAAGGCUGUUGUGCAUGGACAAGCAAAUGGUCGCUGAAACUGGCAUCCUGGGCCCGUGGAUGGGCAAGACAAGAGCUUGUCAUCCAUCCGCUUUGCUUCCUAAGCUUGCUGGUGGGGCCCUUUAUGCUUGCCUUCGAGUCCACGUGCGCGGAUGGUGAGCGGCUCUUCAUCCUUUGCGUGAAGAUCUUCCAUCUGGUAUGCACCAGUGCCUACCUGGUCUUUGCAGUGAUCCAUUUCAUCAGUUCACCACUUAAUCCGUGGCCGGCACUCUGGAAGGCGAGGUCCUUCAGGUUCAGGCUGCUGAGUCACAAGGCAGAAAACCUGCACCCCGCACUGGUGCAGCAGCUUCAUGCCCGGGGCGGGCCAGCGACUGACCACUCGCAAGCUGAAGCUGCAAGUCCUAUUCGGUCACUUCGAUUUUGGGUGCCGGUCUUCGAUUUUAUUGUGUUUCUGAGCUUGAUCGCGGAGAUCAUCAAUUUAUGGCAACGCCCUGCAAGGAUAGACAGCUUUAUUCACUGGGCCUGGCUCCUGGUCCUGGCGAAGGGCUUUCGGCUCUUGGUGCCGCCCUCCGAGUUUGUGCCCUCCAACCUUAUGAUCGAUGGCCUGGUCUUGGGGAUGUGGCUCUUCGUGGUGAUCCAUCUUUGCUCCUGCCUCCUGAGCUUGGCCUCCGUCCUGCAAGUUCAGAGGGGCUCAGAGGACGCCUGGGCGGCCCCCGAGCUCCUAGAGCCAGGUGGCAGCAGCUGCCGGAGGUUUUACAUGCUGUCAUGGUAUUAUACCUCCACAACAGUGACCUCCAUCGGCUACGGUGACAUCACGCCCAAGAACUCAUAUGAACGGCUUUUUGCAUCGGGUGUGAUGAUUUUCAGCCAGUUGUACUUUGCGAAGGUCUUUGCAGACCUGACCUUCCUGACGUCCAUGUAUAACCAGUGGACUUUGCAGCGGCACCAGCGGAUGACUCAAACCAAGUCUGCCUUGGAGAGCAUGAACAUCCCUAAGACGCUGAUCCAGCGAGUGCAGGCCUGUCAAGCUUAUGUAUGGGAUGUGCAGAAGGAGCGACGCGCGAAAAACUGCUUCGAGGACCUCACGUCCCAGCUGCAAGAGGAAGUGAAGCUGGUGCUCUACUCACGCUUGGUGAUCCAGGUGCCCUUCUUGCAGAUGGUGGACGCGCGGGCAUUGCGGUUCCUCAUCGGCCGGCUCCAGGACCAAGUCUUCUUGCCGGCAGACUUCAUCAUUUGUCGCGGCGACAUUGGCAACGAGAUGUUUUUUCUGCGUGAAGGCUUUGCGGGUGUGUUCACCUGCACCAAAGCUCCACAUUGGGAGGACGAAGAGAUCAAGAAAGUGGAGAAAGGCAGCCACUUUGGAGAGAUAGCCUUGCUGACAGGUCAGUUGCGCACAGCGUGGAUUAUGGCGCGGGUGUAUUGCCUGACGUCAGUGCUGCAAGGGAGUGCAAUUGACAAUCUUAUGGCGCAAGACCCGACGUCCAUUUGCAGCCUAAUCAAGAACUUCCAAGACAUGCUGAAGUUGAAGCCGUCCCUUCACUGGCCGGAUCUGAAGCAGCGCCUGAACAGAGAGUUCGACCCCGACGACUCACACCGCCACGAACUGUAUGAUUUUGUGUGUAGUGGUGACGACGGGCUUGCUCCAGCAGGCUUGAUCACCUGGACGCGGUACCAGGUGCUGCUGUCUCGAAUUCAGGUCAGCCAGCUGGACCAAAAGCUCCUUUGGGCCGAGCUGGACGAAGAACAAUGUGGCUCCGUCAGCUUCGAGCACUUUGUGGAAACAGUGUAUGGGCAGCCUCCAAUGUCAUCGGACGACGAAUCCGAUGCUGCAAGCACAAGGAGCCCACUCAAGUCGGUCUCGAUCAAGUCCGGGCGGGCUGGCAUGAAAGCGGACGCGGACAGGAAAGAUUCGCUGGUAUCCAACAAGUCGUCGAAAUCUUCGAGGCUUCAUUCGAUGUCCUACAGGUCCAAGUCCAUGUAUAGAGGGAGGAAAGGCAAGAUGGAUUCCGAGUCGGCACUUCUUCACAGGAUGCUGGUCCUGGAGGAGAAGCUCGACGUGCUGAUGAGCGUCACGCCGGGAGCGCAAUCGCAUGUGCUGGAGAACCACCGCCUCCAAUCCGGCCGCCCAAGUAUUGAGGUGCAUCCCCCGCAAGUUGAUGCCAUGCUCAGUCUAAGCUGAGCUGCAUCGAGUGAGGGCAGUUGCUACCGGGCUCGAGAACCAGCAGACAUGAGCACGGUUGUAUCGCGACAGUUGGACUCGGUUGGUCUGUGGGUCCGGGAUUGAAGGC